GCGCUUCUAGGUUACAUACUACCUAGUGUGAUAAAGGAGUUGAAUUUGAAAAGCAAGGGGCUGCAUUAUUUGGAAGCAAGAGCAUCGCCAAAUAUAGCUGAGAUUUCAGGAAAUGGAUGGAGGCACACCGUUAACUUGGAGAAAAAUGAGUGCUCUCGUAGGAGAUGGCAGAUUUGUGGUAAGCCAUGCACACAUGCUCUUCGGUUCAUAUUCUCCAAAAAAGCCAAGCUUGAGGAUUAUAUUGAUGAGUGCUUCUCAGUGGCAAGGUUCAAAGCGGCAUAUGAGGGAAUUCUCAUGCCAAUUAGGGGCAGGUCCCAAUGGCCCAAGGUAAAUCCUGGAUUUGAUAUGAUCCCUCCCAAGCUUACCAAAAGUGCUGGACGUCCAAGAACUAGGAGGAUAAGGAAUUACACCGAAGGUGGAACCGGCAGAAAACAUAAAUGCAAAAGGUGUGGAGCAUUAGGUCAUCUUCGGAAGACAUGCAAGGAGCCAGAGAUUGAAAGUGACGCGGACCGAGAUGCUACUCCUCCUCCACGGAAAAAAUCAAAGGUUGAAGCAAGCAUUGCAGCUACUUCUUCUCCUAUUACACCAACUAAGCAAGGUACUCAACUUGGUACUCCUACAAGUCCAAUGACAAGGCAAAGGGCAGCAGCUAUUGCAAUUGCUUCAACACCUCCUAGUGCCUCUACAAGGAGCAAAACUGCUGCUCCUAGCCCUCUUCGCAAUGCCAUGUGAAGGAGGAUAUCAGCAAGCUUUUGGAUGUUGAGCGCUCCAGAUCAGGUUGCGUACUUUGUUCUUUUAUGUUAUGUGACUUGUUGGUUAUUCUGUUGUUGCUCACAACCUUUCUUUUCUGCUAUCAUGUGGGUAGUACUAGAAAGAAAACAUCCAACACUAG